GUCAUCCUUUAAAUCAUAAUACCAUCUUUAUCUACUUAAUCAGCUGGUGAUGAUCUUAGUUCAUAUCAACGGAUGAAAAUAGUACCGUCUCGUUUACCACCCCGAGGGAGUGGUGGCAAUACUAGGAACAGCUAGUAACUGUUUAUGGUAGGAACGGUAAACAUGGCUGUGCGAAGUCCUCACGGUGGUUCGUGCUUGUAGUGAGAGUAACACUGCCACAUGGGUGUGCUUCUUUGACUGACGGGGAAGAAAGUACAGAAUCAGAAGGGAUACACGUGCAACACAGAUUACAGAAUAUUCUAUUGUAUUGAUACAGAUUGAAUGACCAUGACCACCAUUAGUGCUGUGCGAUGAGCUACGUCAGCCCCAGAUCUCUGAAGUUACUCGAGGAUAUUGUAAACGAGAGUGACAACACAUCAGGCGCAGGGUAUGACGACUUGGUGGAGAGCUCCCACCAGACGGCAGAUCUUGACAGUAGAGUAGAAAACAUGACUGAAACACAGGCUGACAAUAUUAAUGAUACCCUCAACUUCUUUGAAAAAUUGGAGAGAGAAAAUGGACCUGUAUCCAAUGGUCAUGUUCUUAAUGGUCAUGUUGAGAAUGGAAUAACAGAGGAUCAUUCGCUGGGCAUUGCAGAAGAAUCAGAAGACGAGUCGUACACUGUAAAUGAAUUCAGUGAAACCACUGCAGACUCAACUUUUGAACAUGAUACUAGCUCUAGUUCACAACCUCAAAGACAGAGAGGUCGUGGAAAAAAAGUGACUCACGAAAGGGAUUUUAAUCAGAAUUAUUUAUCAGCUAAAACUUCCUCUCUGCGUGAAGGGAGCACUGAUAGAGACUCUGCAAGCGAUAGAAUCGAGACAAUGAGCGACAGUGGGCGUGUAGGGAGACAGCAACGGAAGCUCAACAAACGGGCCCAGAUGCGUGAGUUCCGGCCAAUCGGCUUGGAGCCGUUAGAAACUGCUGAGCAGAGGCUGGAGCAGAAGUAUUCUGAGUUGCAGCAGCUGGUGAGUGGGCAGUUCGUGGAACAGAAGGUUGCACUGACUCACAAUCACAUCCAGCAGAUGGAGCUGCUUCGACAACAGUAUGCUAUUGCCAGCCAUGGACUGCCGCCCUCUGGAGUGCUGGUGCCACGGAGCAUGCCUGCCCAAUACCGGAACAGCAGCUUUAACAGACGCAGGGGAGAUAAAGAAAACCUACAACACCCUGCCAGUGAAGACGAUGCAUACAACACAAUAAGAACUCUUCAGACAACAAAUGCAGGUCAAAGAAGGUCAAGGGCACGGAGUGCAAGGACACGACCUCUAUCAGCCACAAGAAUGAAUCAGAAUCGCUCAACAUCUCGAGAACGACAACGUGAGAGGACGCCAGAUAAGAGACCAAAUACAGCUAAUGAACAAAGUAAAGAUAGAAGCAGACCAAGAAAGAAAUCAAGAAGUAGGUCAAAUUCUAGAAGUAGGUCUUCAUCAGGAUCACCAAGACAAGGUACAGACACCUUCUUGAAAAAUACAGAAAACGAGUUUGUAAAAGAUUGGGUCAAAAGGAAAGAUCUGGAGUAUCGUAGAAAAAAGGCUGAAGAAAGAAAGAGAAAAAAGCUUGAAAGAAAGGAAAAGAUUGAGAAACGAAUAGAAAAAGAAGAAAAAUAUAAAGAUUCCAAACGUAUUGUGCAAGAGUGGAUGAGACAGAAGAAGAGAGAAUCGUUUAGAAGAAAGAAAGAUGACAGAACCGUUCGUAAUGAUGAGGCAUCAAGAAGAGCAUAUGAGAGAGCUAAACAGGUGUCUGGUAUUCAUGGCCUCGGGGUGAAUAGACCGAUGUCUGCUCCAGCCCCUAUCAGAACAGAGAGGUCCAAACUCCGAAUACAGAGACCAGGCACAACAGUUGAAGAGAUGCAAGAACAGAUGGUACGAGAGGCAAUCAUUGGCUAUAUUGAGACGGAGGCACCUGCAGAGCUCCCCCUUAAUGAAGAACCACCAUCUUCACCUUUAGCUGAAUCUGUCCAACCAGAAUUUCCCCAACCACCUGUCACCAAAUAUGUGUACCGACGGCCUGUUUUAGGAAAAGUUAGAUUACGUAUGGGCAAAAAUCAGAAGGCCCCAGAGGAGACUAAGCGAGCUCCUUCGCCUGGAAAGAGGCCUAUGGUAAGGCCUCUGAGUAAGGAGGAGAUUGAAAGAAACCAAAGAGUAUCGUAUGAUGAAUGGCUGCAGGUGAAGAGAAAAGAAGAUGAAGAGAAGAAGAAAGAAAUACACAGACAAAACGAAUUAGCACAGUCAGAGCCCAAAUAUGAAAGGCCCAUUCCAGAACUUGUUCAAAACGCAGAAGGUAAUGUUUUGCAAGGUAGGGCAAUUGCACAGAGGUAUCCUAGAGGACGGGUUCUCAGCCAGGAAGAUCAGGAAAACAUACGAGAAAAUGCUAGAAGAAAUAAGCAAGUUCGUUCAUUUGAGGAAGAAAUCAACCCCACAUUUGACAUCAGAUCUGAGUCUCCUGAACAGGCUCUGGAUAGAAUAGCCAAAGAUAUUGUUAACUAUGUUUUGAAAAGCCUCAGUAGUGAUGACGAUGAAGUAGAGGAAGGGGAGGGUUACUUUGAGGAUGAAGAUGAAGGAGAACAUGAGGGCUUGGCUAAUCUUCAUGUACAGGGAUCAAAGGCACCUAUGUCAACUAGAGGACGACCAAUGUCAGCUUCAGCUGCUGGUAUCCCUUAUCCUCAGUCAUCCAAGUCUCCACGUCGUCCAACCUCAGCUCAACCAAAGCCAGGCUUCACAUGCGAUUCAUCACCAAGGGUACCUUUUCCACCAGAGGCAAGAGCGCCCAUGAACCAUGUUCAGAACAGCAUGUUUUCGGAUAGAAUGUGGAUUAACAGUGAUGGAGGGGAGAGGCCAGAGCCUCAAGGAUCUGAUGAAACAGACCCAAGAGGGUUGAUUGAUGGACAGCAUCGGUACUUUACUGCCGCGUAUGAUAAUGAUGAUGAUGGAUCGGCUGCUUUGGAUCCAAGCAGUAUGACAUCCAGCAAGAAACGUGUAUCCUUCUGUGAAGAGACAACAGUGUUUGAUGAGUCUGAGGUAGAGGAAGAUCUGGAUGAUUGGGAUAAUCUAGAAGAAGACUCUGCUGACCUGCAGAAAGCUCGGAGUCUGCUUAACUUCAUGGCUGACAAUGCUGCUUCAGAGGGAGGUGUUGACAUCACUGAUGAAGUUGAUGUCUGAUCACGUGUGAGACAUGAAACUUUCAACCAGAUGCAUAAAUACAUAUCUGAGGUUACUAUCCAGACACAUUAUUCAGCCUACUUAGAUAUGUUCAUAUGAAAUAACUGUGAUAUUGUGCUCACAGUUGGAAGAUAUUGAUGCCAUGUGGUAUCCUGGGGCCAGAAAAGUUACAACCAACAGCUUCUGGAAUAUGGCAGUAUUGGAAUUGAUUGUAUCAUAAGCUGUUUUAUACAAACUAUCUACAGCACUGCAGCAGAUGCAAUUUUCAGAUAAGCGACCAAAAACUGCUCAUUGUGGAGCAAAUCAUUUCUGAUUAUGUACCAGUCAGUUAAGUUUGUUGUCAUUAGGCAACUUAUUGACAACAAAAUCCUGAAUUAUAUUUGUCAUGGCUGAAUAUUUACACUGUUUAAAGAAGUGACUUUGGACUUUUCAGUUGUACAAAGUAGAUGUGACCCUGAUUCAAUACGUGUACUUCCCAGACCACAUGCAUCCCUCUGUGUUGCUAAUGCAGGUUGUCGUCUUGUGCUACGCUUUCUACCACCCUGCCUUAAUUACAUGUUGGUGUGAGCUGGCAUCUGUGGAGGUAUAUAAUUCUGUGCUGAAGCUGUCACAAACAAGUGCCAUUCAUGAAGUGACCUGAUUAGAAUCAGCAGCAACCAGUUUGUCAUCAAUUUGUUUGAACAUCUCAAUGGAGUGUAGGUCAUGUUUAGAUGGACUCGAGUCCAAAAUGAAGGAUUUGAGUACACAACCAGGGGAGAUAACUCAUGUCUUCUCUCUAACAGUUAGAAACAAGGAAUAGAAGUGGUACAGUGUCUGGAUGCCUUUUGACUUUGAUGAUGCUGAGAGAUAAAGAUAGUGUCAGUUGUGUGGCAUAUUACCAUUGAAAUUUGGUACUCGAGUCCAUGUCAAUUAUUUUAGCCUUCACAUUUUACUCAAGUGGAGUCAGAGAAUACUAUAUGAUGUCGCAUCAGCAAUAUUACCGCCACUUGCGGCGAGUUUAGCGUAACUAUGACUAUGGAACCACUUCUCAUAAUGCUAUCAUUAUAAGGAUGUUAUACACUCUGUGAUACUCUGCCCAAUUUGCAUCCUUUAUAUAAGCAUGAGUGUAUAUAUAUAUAUAUAUAUAUAUUGUCAGUGAAAUAGAUGUAGUCUGUUUAUGACCUGUUAUUUUUGUUUUUGUAUUGGAAAAUAUUCCUCAAUGAAUCCGUCAUGACCAAGGCAUAGGUCCAUGGCAAUGUUGCUGUAUUAGGACAAUUGAUAGAUGAACGUCUGUGAUAAAGCAAUUUGCUUCUUCAGUAUUGGUUAGAGUGCAGCUUACAGCAAAAAAUGUGUAUAUACAGUUACUUCCGAUAAAAAGAGUUUCCAGUUGUCUCCAGCAUUAACAUAUUCACGUAUUAGCACCCUGAUCUAAUAAGUGCCCUGACCAAUUUUUAGACCAAUCAAGUGACUAAUCUAUAUAACAGCACCCUCCUGAGACCGAAAAUUUAUGACAGUCCAUAUUUUGUCUAUGUUACUAUUUUUUACGUGAAAGCAGGAGUGUGCAAGGGAUGUAUAAUUGCCCAGUAACUAUUUAUCCAGGUUUUAGUUUCAUUGACAUUUGGAACAGGUUUGUUCACGACCACUCAAUCUCCGAACACAAAUUUAAAACAUUAUAUAAAUGUUUUUAACAAGCGCCCCUUUGUCAAUAUUCUAAGCUCCCAGGGUGCUUCUUACGGCGAAUACUGUAAAUGCUUUUCAGAUAAACUGUUUUCAUAUCCUAUGGAACCAAUAAUUAAGCCAUGCGUACAUUUUGUGGUUAAUGCAAACACAUGGCAUUGCUGUUGAAUUGCUCAAUUGAGGCCAUUGCUAUACUUUCCUAGGGUGUGUAUAAGAUCUAGUUCUCUUUAACACCAGAAUGUUUGUAGAUUCAGGAUUCAGCAGUUGUGUGUAUAUAAAAUGUUUCCUUGUUUAUGUUUUAUUCCUGCUUAGUGGAGUUUUUGUAAGUGCCUUUUUACUCAUUUUGUUGAAUCUUUCCUGCCAUCUUUGUAUUAUGGGGAGCCAUGUUGUCAAAGCUUGAAAGAUCAGCUGUGAACUUUGUAGCAUGAUACAUGUUAUUCCACUUACUCUGGCCCUAACCAAGAAAACAGUAUCAAAAUAGACAACAUACCUGGUAAUGUUUUGGGGGGGGCUGGGGUGUUUAUUUCCAUCAAAGUAGGUUAUAAACACAUCAAUUUUUGAUGACAUCAUUUUCAGGAGAGACCAUGCUCACAAAUUCAAGACUAGAUGUUGUGAUUGGUGAUUUGUGUCCAACUGAGACAGCCAUUUCUGUGUAAGUUGGGUAAAGGUCACAUCUAGUUUGACAUAUACUGUACAAAAAAGGUAAGGGAUCAUGAACAUGUUUGGGGAUAUAUUUCCAAAGUUGUGUGGUCAGUCUCCACUACAAACUAUUCCCCCAAAUAUUAAUGAUCCUCUACCUAUUUUGUUCAGUAUAUACAUCAUAACAUUUGAUGUGUGUGUUUUGAAUGACUUGGUGGGACUGCCAAUAUUGGCCCAAGCCUGGUCCCCCUUUAAAGGAUAAUGGUUGACCUAUACUGGUACCGAUACUUGUUGGAUGAAAGGAGAGUCUAUAUUAUCGGUAAACGUUUCAGCGUUCACAGAAAAUGACCUUUAACGAUAAUGGCAUUUGAUUGUUUUUUCAACAUUGUAUGUCUUUCUAGAAACUGAGGAUAGUGCAAUUCCAAGCUCCAUUUCACAUGUCUUGUCCAGCUCCUAGGCCAUUAAUAUUGUAGAUCACUGUAUGGAUGGGUUAUAUGUUCUUUGAAGUAAGGUGAAAGUGUACAGUGGGGAAAUUGAAAUAAUGUUGAAUUUGAAGAAAUAUAGUUUGAGAUUUGCUUUAUCGGUUUCUUGGUUCCACAUACUGUCCUAUUCUAAACUAAAUUGUCAGCAUGCUUCAAAACAUGACACAUGUACCGGUAUUUGCUAUUUCAGCCUUCAAGUUUCUGUGGAAAUUUCAACAAAAGAAUUACUAUUAAGAUUUUUUAAACAUUGAGUGAUGUUAUUUAAACGACCUUUAUGUGGCUUGAGAAAAAGAGAAGCUUGCUUAUAUUUGUGAAGCUUGAUUCAAAGAAGCAUUUUUGUGCAAAUGAGAUCUGUUCAGUCAUUUGUUUUCAUGUUUAUUUUAUUCUGAUAUAUGAUUGUAAACAAAGCAUUUGAACAACUAUGAAGUAGUCCGUCCAUUACUGUUAAUGACUAUUUAUUAUAUACAGAACUAUAUAUAUAUAUAUUUAGACAAGGCUUUUACGUUUUUAUUGCUUUAGUUAUUUUAGCAUUAAGUUACUGGUAGUUUUUUUACUUGGAAGUUUAAAAAGAUACCCAUUACAUUAUUAUUAGUAAAAUAGUGCCUUGAUUUACUUUACACAACCAGAACAAUGUCCCCAUAAAAAAAUAAGAAAUUAAUUCAUGAAACAUGUACGAUAUGAAAGUUUGGCUUGGAUAUUUUGAUACUGUUGCAUAUAGCUGAAAGAGAAAUUUUGGAAAAUUAAAAUCACAAAGACCUAUAUAUACAGUUGAUUUUGGCAACAUUCAGAAAGAAUUAUUCUUGACGAUCUGAUAAAUUUGAAAGGAGGACAUUGAUAAAACUGGUUUGAAUUUACUUAUUUUCUUAGGGUAGGGUCAGAAGUUCAUAUAAUAGAUUGUGAAAUUGUCAGAUGUACUUGUCACACUAAGGUUGGGCCUAUUUGUACCCAUCCUCGGCGAUCCAGUGUAUUAUGUCUCCAAUCUAUUAUGUUAACAUGCAUCCAUUUGCCAACAUAGCAUUAUUUUCAAAGUGACAUCACCAGCUUCAUUUCUCCUAUCUCUGGGGGCAGUCGGGUGACCUAGUGGUUAAAGCGUCACGCCAAAGACCCGGGUUCGACGUGGGUACAAUGUGUGAAGACCAUUUCUGGUGUCCCCUGCCGUGAUAUUGCUUGAAUAUUGCUAAAAGUGGUGUAAAACCACCAUACUCACUCACUCACUCACUCACUCAUUCUCCUAUCUCUGACUUAGCACAGAAUUUCUGUUGCGUAGGAGCUUGAAAUCAGCAACCAACCCGGUAUGCUUUAUUAUGCAUAUUAUCAGUUUUAGACACCUCUUCUAAACGUGAGUUGGGCAUAGAUCUAGUCAGAUUCUGUCUCACUCCAAACAAGACCUUGCUGUGUGUAAUUGACUAAAAAAAAAUGCUCUGUAUGAUUGUUUAAGCAGGAAAUGAUGUCUGCAUGGUUGUAUUUGAGAAGGCCUGAUUAAAUCAUGAAGAGCAAUGUAAUUUGAUUUGACAUUUACUUUUAGUGUCUUGUCAUACAAACCGAAACUCAAAACAAAAAGUGGGGGCAUGGGUGGCCCAGUUGUCUAAGGCUCUACGAUUCGCUGUGCAGAGUUGCGUCCCUUGGGCACGCCAGAAACCUAUGAUUGUGGGUUCGAAUCCCUGUUAGACGCAAUUAUGUUUCUAGGUUCGUCAGCACCAUACCCGUGCUCGCGGGUUUUCAUCAAAGUGGUAAACGUCCGAGACCUGCCUCACUUCGGGCUUUCCUCCCACAUUAAGCUGACACGCUGUGAUAUAACUGGAAUACUGUUAAAAGGGGUAUUGAACCCAACUAACUCGCUCAAAACAAAAAGUCCAGGGUAUUGAUCAUAAUAGAAUUGAGACAAUCAUACACUGGAUUACCCAGGAUCAUUUGUAUCAUCACUGAACAUGUUUGUAUUUUGCGAUGAUGGUAAUUUUUGCAGUUUGUAACAUAUAUGUAAUGAUGCUUCCUGCGUAUUGUCCUAAGUAUCGGUUUUGUUCUUCUUCUGUUUAAACUAUUUAUAGUAACAUGUUGAGUUGUCAGACUCAGGCAUGUCUUUAACAGAGAUAAAUACUACUCAAAAGAGGUUAAGGAACACCAAAUUUUUUCUAAUGACCAAAGUUAGUCUGUCAUGGCUGGUGGGUAUUGCAACACACCCUUCCAAUUGUGAAUCUACUUUUUCUCAGUAGUAUGUAUACAUAAUUUGGUUUUGGUAUUGAACAGCAUAACUGAGCACUUACAAACCUAAAAUGACGAAACAGUUUUGUUACGUUUUGUCAAGAUGUGACUAUUUCAGUUUCAACAUCUGAGCCGAGUAUGUGUCAGGAACGUGGUUACUAUCUCUGUAGUGUGACAAGUACAGAUGCAUAUUUAUCACAUAAUUCUUGUUUUACACUAUUGCUUCGCCAAGAGACAUUAUUAUGUUAGAAUUGUAAACAUUGUUUGUCCCAUCAACAAAUUGUUAUUUUUCUAAAUUAGGAAAUUAGUGCUUCUCUCAGAGGAGACAAAGUUGACAUAUAAUAAAAUAUUAGAUAUA